UGUACAUGCAAUGUUUUCCUGGCAAUUAAUAUGAACGGAAACCGGAAUUAAUAUUUUUCUUCUAAGAAUGUAGGAUAUCCUGUGGCGAAGGUACAAAACACCAUGGUGACCUUUUGAGAGAAUCAGUUCAUCUCAACAGUACAUGGUCGUGUUUUAUUUCGCUACAGCAGAUAUCACACUCUCAUAUAACAAAACUGUUGAAUGAAUUUAACCUGAAAUUAUGUCUGAAAAGAGCAAUAAAUCGCUGAUGGUGGCUGUCGUACUAAAUUCAGCUCUUACGUUAUUAUUAAUAAUAAUCGCUGCACAUCAGCAAAUUCAGAUUGCAAAUCUGAAGCAAAUAGUUAAGGCGAAUAUUCAGAACAAUGAUGAUAAAAGAGAGUCAUAUCCAAGUACCACUAACAAAGCGCAACUCAAACCUAAAGAUGAAUUUCCUACUUUGCAGGUGAUACAGGAAGAAAUUAUGGAUACAGCUAGUUUUCAAAAUGAUGUUCUAGAGAAGGCACAGGGAACUUCCAGAAUAACAAGAAAUGCAAAUUCAAGAUGCUGCGGUAAAAAACGACGAGGGAAGAAAGGAGAGACAGGACCUCGAGGACCUAAAGGUCCCAAAGGGCCAAGAGGACCAAAAGGACAAACUGGAGAAAAAGGUGAUCGUGGUGAGAAAGGUGACGCUGGAUCACCAGGUGCACGGGGACCCCCUGGAAUAUCACCCACUGUUAAACCUACAGCAACAUAUGCUGAAUCUGCUCAUCUCCUUGGAUAUGGUCGCGCACGUAGACCUGACUUAUCAUACAACAGGAUCACCAAGUGGCUUGUUGGUCACACAUCAGGAGGAAUGCUAUACAGUAAUGGUUAUCUUUACGUAGCCCAUGAUGGAUAUUACUACAUUUACUCACAGAUGUAUUAUUAUGCUGGCGAUACUUCAGUGAUGGCUCACAGAGUGAAAAUUGAUGAUGUAGUAAAAUUAACUGGACACAGCAGUGCAAGUUCACAUAAUAAAUUCAACACAAACUAUGUUGGAGGCGUUUUCCGUCUUACAAAGGGGCAACGUAUCUCUGUAUCAGCACCAUUCACCAAAUUGUACUACUUUAAUAGCCAUGAGUCGUAUUUCGGUGCAUUUUUACUUCAUGCAUAGAAUAUACGAAGCUACAGUUACCCCAAAACAACUGUUAAUAAUUAAGUGCACUUCAUAAAAUGUUCCAAUAACGAUUGCUUUAUAAUCCAAUGGGCUGUGUGUUUUAGAUACAAUACUUUUAGUUUGUAAAUACAUUUAAUGUACAUUCAUCCAUUUUACUGUAAAAUAUGAUUUAUUGCUUGUUAUAAUUUUUAAUGUUUAAAUAUCACAGAUUACUUUUAACAUGUAUAUCAAUAUGGGUUCUUUUAUUCUUGCAGUAUACAACAUACAAUAUUAUACUAACAUGCAAACACUUGAGA